CUAUACAUAACGAAAUCAACGAGAAAAAUUCUGGAUCGGAGAGCUGCGAAGCCUGGGAAUUUUCUUUGUACCCUCCCUUCGUUCUUCUCUGAUCUCGAAUUCCACAUACCAAAUCUCGCUUCUCCCGAUUUUGAUUUCUUUCUUAUUAUCACUAUGUUCGGAUAACAAAAUCCCCCACCUUCCCUCCAAAACGUUGUCUUCUCUGUAAAAAACCCACUUUGUCGUAACCAAAUCUAGGGUUUUCUCGAGUUCGCUUUCUCUUGUGAUCGUGAGAUGUCUCGGUGUUAUCCGUUUCCACCACCUGGUUAUGUACUGAAAGAAAUCAACAAGGAUAAGUAUCUGAUCGAAUCGAUCAAGGGGGCAAAGGAGGAGGUUAAGAAAGAUAGAAAACACAAGAGGAAGGAUAAAAAGAGAAAGGAGAGGGAAACUGAGGCGGGUCGAAGCAGAAACCACAGGCAUAAGAGACGGCGCAAAGAUGAAGGCAAAAAAUUAACUAACAGUGAGGUCGAGUUCUUAGAGAAGAGCUGCCAGACAGUGGAACUUGAGGUUCAGUCAUCGUCUCAGAAUUCUUGUGAUAGCACUCUUCAUAGCAAUGAGAGACCAAAACAAAUUCAGAGUCAGCCCCUUGAUGGUAGGCAUAACGACUCUGGUGAGUUUGUUUGUGUUUACUUGUUGUUGGGUCUGUUUGCUUAUGGUGUCAUUCUUUCUUGGUUUGAAGAAACCGCCUUACGGACCCGGUUACCUGACAAGGAUCCUGAGGCUAGGGUGAUGAUGUCCAACAAGGAUCAAAAACAGCGGGUUUCCCGGGAAAUGUUAGAUGCUUCUCAGGCUGCUGCUCCAGAGGAGUCUGUUGGUCAUCCUUAUUCCACCACACAAGAUGCUUUUAGGGUCUGUCAAGAGAAUAGAAGAGAUCCGUCGAGAGACAUCACUACAGAGCCAUCAUCAUCUUUACGGACUCAUCCAGAACAAGAGAAACCGUCCUCUAGUCAUCAGGAAACCAUUGGACCUUCGAAGCUAUCAUGCAGGAAAUGCCCUCCUUCUAUGGCCGGGCAGUUCUUGAAUCUCAUCGAGAACUGGACUCCUGAUCGUGUUGAGAGCAAGCUCACUGACUCUGAAGAUCAAGAAUGGUGGUUGUUGAUCAAGUUUGGAGCCAAAAGGCAACAAGUUAACAACCAGAAAUCCAACCAGGGAAGUAGUUCGAUGGUGUGGCCAACUGCUCGAUUUCUUCCGGAAGCCGAACUACACGCAUUGCCAUUCACUGUCCCGUUCUGAUUUCAGCAAAGCUGGUCGAGAGAGUGGUUAACAUGACCAACAAAUAGUUUUAUUCCUAUGUAUGAUUAGAUUAGCCUUAAGACUGAAAACUCAGAAUUAUAUAUGUGAUUCUUUGUAGAUAUACUGGUAAUAUAGUAAAUCAUUAUUAUGUGAAUAAUAUAUAUCUGCCGGUAGACUAUA